AUGGCGCUAUUUGCCAUCUUGAUGGUCGCCCCAGUCGACAACUUACAGUCCAAAGUCGAGACGCUGGAGAUGAGCUGUCGCGAUAACGAUCAAACUGGUGUCAAAGCCAUGCUCACCCAUUGGCGAGAAAUAAGUCUGGUCGGUAUUCAAGCAUGCAUGUCUUCCCAAGUCCUCUUUACAGCGAAUGACUCCGUCUCUGAGAGUCUCGUGGAUGGGAGCAUCAAGCCUCAUCUGUUCAACAAGGGCCGGCAAAAAAGCAGCUUCUCUCCCAAGAAAGCCAUUCAUCCGACGCAAGAGGUGCUCCCGUCUCAUCGCUCACCUCAAGACCCCUCAACCUGCCAUCUCCGAAACCACAAGCACAAGGCCUGGCUGAGGGAAGAGCAGCAUGGGCUGAAAGACAUGUACCGGGAUGGCCAAGUUUGUUGCCUUGGCAUCAUGCCAAAUCCUGUAGUAGCUCAUAUUUUCCCCUUGGUUGGUUCGAAACUAUCCAGCAUCACGGCCAUGGUCGUCAUCUUUUGGGUAAUGGCUGGGGAUCAAAACAUCAGCGAGUCCCCUCAGAAUCUCAUCUCGUUCAAUCGUCAACUACACUGGUGGUCCAACAAUGGCCGCAUGGCGCUCAAACCAUUGCGGGUGAUGAAAGGUGGAACAGUUCAAGUGCAGCUUCACUGGGUCGAGCCAGGCCGGUCGACGCCAGAUAUGAGCAUACGUGGUGUCUGUUAUGACGAUUUAAUAACGCGAGUUGACCAAAGCCAUCUCCCAAACUUCCAUCUUCUCCAACUGUCAUGGGAGCUUCGUCGUGUUGCUGCGGUUUGUGGCGCAUAUCCAGGGCCUGAGGAUGAGUUGGACGAUGACGAGGAAGAGUAUUCUGGUGAUGAUGAAGGACAUGAUGAUGACGAGGAUUGCGAUGACAAUGAUGGUGUCGAUGUCGAUGCUCAUCUCGGUAACUGGCAGGAAAACCAGAACGCCCAAAUACAUCAAUGGAUGGGGGAGGUUGAGGCGGAAAACGGCACCAAAGCCAAGAAGGCUUCCAACGGCACCGAAUACAAUGACUCGGGAAUUUGA